UUUGGCGCGACCAAACGUUCUCACUGAGGACAUUGCGACCAUACGAUAAACUCAUCUCCAACUUUCGUCUAACCAGUGCAGUGUCAGUUUACUUUUUUGUGAAUACCUUACAUUUACUUUUAUCAUAAAUUAGAUAAAUUCAAACUUUCGACCCUGCGCUCAACGCAUUUAAGAUAUUUCAUUCGACUCCAAGUUUCCACAAAACAGACUCAAUCAUGAUGUGGUGGGCAGUGUGGUGCGUGGCGGUGAUGGGAGCCGGCGCGAUGGCGGCCGCCGCGCCUUCUGACGGCCUGGUACCAAUCUCCUCUGCCGACUGGGAACAGAUCGACGCUUCCACUACUGACGACGAGAGCAUGGGCAACGCAGUAGCACCAUUGGGCGGGCGCUACGCAGCUGCUGCUCCCUGGCUCUACAUGCUCGCUGACAUGCCGAAGGAUUCUCAGAGGUCGGAGUGGUUGGAGGGCCGGUCGCGUCCGAAGCGCAAGAUGCCUUCCCUCUCGAUUAACAACCCAAUGGAGGUGCUACGGCAACGGCUGCUGCUUGAGGUGGCACGCAAGCAGAUGCGCGAGGCAAACCAGCGGCAGGCCGUCGUCAACCGUCUCUUCCUGCAAAACGUCGGCAAGCGAGCAUUUUGGGCGAACCAGGCUCCUUCCCGCUACGAGAACUAAUCCGCAUUCCCCGAUCGCCUCCCUUCCGUUUGCAAGCUACAACAGACCUGAAUAACAUUCCGUUUACACAUUAUUGUUACAUUCAAUUUAUUUAUUAAGCCC